AUGAGGUUCCCCAUGCAGAGCAGCGUGGGCAAGGAAGGCAGCACCCGGAGGCUGAACUCACCCUCAGCGCAGCACAAGUGGAGAUUCUGGCACUUGGGGAUCUGCAAGGCCCUUGCCCCACUGCAGGCCGCCUGGUUUGCCUUCUCACGGCCUGUCCCAGCCAGCUGUGGCCAGCUGCUGACCCAGCUCCUCCUGUGUGGUUCUCUGGCUGCUGCAGCCGCAGGUCUGGCCCACCACUGGCUGGUGUCCUCCCUGCUUUAUCCUCUGAGGCCCUCAGCCAUGGUGGCCUCUAUCUGUGGCCUCGUGGUCUUCCUGGGCCUGGGCCUGGUGCCCCCAGCUCGCUGCCUGUUUGCUCUCAGCGUGCCCACCCUAGGCACUGAGCAGGGCCGCCGCCUGCUCCUAUCCUGGAGUACGACCACCCUGGCUGUCGCCGUGGUGCCCAACAUCUUGGCCAACAUUGGUGCAGCUGGGCAGGUGCUGAGGUGUGUCACUGAGGGCUCCCUUGAAAGUCUGCUCAACACCACUCACCAGCUACAUACAGCGUCCAGGACUCUGCGCCUUACCAGUCAAGGGGGCAACCAGGGCCUGACGCUCCAGGCCCAGGGCAAUGGCUCUGCCUUCCGGCUUCACAUGAUCAGAGUCACUGAGAAGGUCCUGGAAGACUUCUCUGGCCUGGGAUCCCUGGCCCGCACUGCAGUCCUGGGGACCCAGCGGGUGGUCACAGGGCUCUUUGUGCUGGGCCUUCUGGUGGACUCUGCCUGGUACCUCCAUCGCUACCUGACUGACCUGCGGUUUGAUAAUGUCUAUGCUACCCAGCAGCUGACUCGGCAGCUGGCAGAGGCCCGGGCCACACACCUGCUGGCCUCCCCACCGGCCUGGCUGCUCCAGGCAGCGCAGCCGAGGCUGUCCCAGGGGGAGCUACUGAGCUGUCUCCUAAGGCUGGGGCUGCCCUCCCUGCUCCUGAUGACCACAGCUGUGAUGGUGGCCACAGACCACGUGACCUUUCUCCUGGCACAGGCAGCUGUGGACUGGGCUCGGAAGCUGCCCACUGUGCCCAUUACACUCACGGUUAAGUAUGAUGCUGCCUACACAGUCCUGGGCUUUGUCCCCUUCCUCUUCAACCAGCCGCCUCCAGAGAGUACCUUCCUCUCCACCCACAACUCCUUCCAGUGGGAGCUCCGCUUCAGCUCCCCCAGCUGCCCACUGCUGCCCGCCCAGCGCCCCCAUGCCGCCGCCCCGCUGGCCGCUGGGGCCCUGCAGCUCGUGGCUUGCUCCAUGGUCCUCCUGGAGACCUAUGCCCUGCGUCUGCGGCACACCAUUGCCGCUUCCUUCUUUGUGGCCCAGGAGGCAAGGAGGGUCCGCCACCUUCACGCCCAGCUCCAGCAAAGAUACCACAGGCACCGAGGCCAGCACCUGCCCCUGGAGACUCCAUCGUUCCCAACGCCCUGGCCUGCCAGCAAGCCCCCAUCAUGGAGAGACAGGCCCGCUGCCUGCUGGACCUUUGGAAGAACAGAGGGCAGGGGACCAAGAAAAAAGCUUUGGAGUCACACAGGCCUGAGUUGUAACCUUGGCCCUUCUGCUGCCUCCCUGCCUGACCCUGGGUAUAGGUUGCUUCACCUCUCUGACCCUUACUUUCUACAUCUCAAUGAUAAUGAUUGAUGUGACUACUUUCCACACAGGAAUGUGGUAAGGAUGGAACAAGGUAUUGGGAAUGAAACCUAA